AUGCUAGAGGAUGCUCUGAAGCUCCUUAUCACGCAGAACUGUCUAGUAACGAUAUGCCAUUCCCCGGGUCCGGUCAUCACGGGGGCGGAUGAUCUCUCCUGGUGCCCCUCUACGGACGUAGUAUCCGUACUGUCGGAGCUGCUCCUCGGAAACUACACCCCCUAUCCCAUCUACAACGUCAAAAAUCCCCCGCGACAGCCGUGGGAUGAAAUGAUAACAAUACUGAGCGAGGCACUGGACAUUCCGAGCUCAAAUGGAGUUCCUUACAAAGAAUGGAUAGCACUGGUGAAGAACCACUCUAGUUCUGUGGGGGCUAAGAAUCCGGCUGCUUUGAUUAUUGACUUUUUGGAGACGCAUUUUGUGCGCAUGUCCUGUGGGGGUCUGAUUCUAGAUACGACCCAUGCCGCCGAGCACUCCCCCACUCUAGCAAAUCAGAGGCCGGUGGACUCCCAUCUGGUUCAAAAUUAUAUUUCAAGUUGGAAGGAGCUCGAGGUUUUGAAAUGA